AUGGGACUACCCGCCGCCCUCCGGUCCCGCAUCAAGCCCAACAGCGAGAAAAAUGACCCCUCAUCACCGUCAAGUCCCUCUGCGAAAGAACAGGCUGUCGAAAACGACAAUGCCUCCUUCAAGCGAGCAACGCGACUGCGUCGAUACUUUGCCCUGAGCGCCUCCUUCGCCUACCUCUUGUCCUGGAUAUUCUUGGUGCUUGUCCUCAUUGGCAACACGCACCCGCGGGCGGUGCUCUCGGGCAUCUACUUCUUCAAGCUCGACCUGGCCGACAUCAUCCCGACGUCGGUCCCCAACGCCAGCCUGAUCAACAGCAUCGCGCAGUCGAUCGGGCUGCACGACUUCUACCAGGUCGGGCUAUGGAACUUCUGCGAGGGCUACAUCAACACGGGCAUCACCUUCUGCUCGGAGCCGACGACGCUGUACUGGUUCAACCCGGUGGAGAUCCUGAUGAACGAGCUGCUGUCGGGGGCGACCAUCGCGCUGCCGACCGACGUCAUCACCAUCCUGGACGUGCUGCGCAUCACGUCGCAGAUCAUGUUCGGCUUCUUCCUGACGGCGGCCGUGCUGGCCUUUUUGAUGGUCCUGCUCUCCCCGCUGGCCGUCUCGUCGCGCUGGUGGAGCCUGCCGCUCGCCGUCGUCUCCUUCCUCGAGAUGAUGCUCAUCCUCGCCGCCAGCAUCGUCGGCAGCGUCAUCAGCAUCGCCUUCAAGUACGCCGCCGAGGCCCAGAAGGAGCUCAACAUCCACGCCGAGGUCGGCGUCCGCAUGUUUGUCUUUAUGUGGCUGGCCACCGGCUUCAGCAUCUGGGCCUUUGCUGUUCACUCCGGCAUGGGCUGCUGCUGCACGUCUAAGCGGGAUCUGAAGAUUGGGAGGAGGGUUGUGCGGGAGGGGAGGGGAGUACGAAACUAA